CCCUCAGCCCCGGAGGAGGCGGGGAGGGAGGCGGGGAGCGGCAGGAGCUUUAGCCGAUGGCAGCAGCGGCUGCCCGGCGGCGGCUGCCAGCGGUACCCGGGCGAUGGCGCGGAGCCGGGCGGCUUACGAGUACACGGAGGCGGAGGACAAGAGCAUGCGGCUGGGCUUCCUCCUCAUCGCCGCCGGUUUGCUCUCGCUGCUGGGGCUGGGGUGCUGCUGGCUGCGCCCGGCGCUGCAGGAGCGGGGCGGCGGCGGCUCGGCCAACUGCACGGUGCUGGCGGUGCGGCAGCUGGGGGAGCGUUUUCCCUGCACCUUCUCCUGCGGGGCUGCCUGCCGGGGCACCGCUCGCUACCCCUGCCUCCAGGUCCUGGUCCGCACCUCCCGCUCCUCCGCCCCUGCCCUGCUCCAUGAGGACGAGCGGCAGCUUCGCACCAACCCCAAGUGCUCCUACAUCCCUCCCUGUGCAAGAGACGACCAGGAGAACUCUGAGAACGUCACAUACAAGCAGAAAUACUGGAAGGAGAAAGUGGGCUCACAGCCAUUCACCUGCUAUUUUAACCAGCACUUGAGGCCAGAUGAUGUGAUGCUGAAGCGCACCCACGACGAGACUGUCCUCUUGCACUGCUUCCUCUGGCCUCUGGUUACGUUCCUGGUGGGAGUUCUCAUCGUGGUCCUGACCAUCUGUGCCAAGAGCUUGGCUGUCAGGGCAGAGGCCAUCAAAAAGAAGAAGCAUCUGUAAACAGCAAGGCUCCUGAUGGAAAAGGAACAACCUGCAGGGAGGUCUCCAGUGAGGCAACCUGAGAUGCGUGCAGGUCUGUGGGCGCCCAUCCGCAUCUCCUUCUGCUGCCUCAGCUGACGGUGGAGCUGCUCUUGCCUCAGGAGUCUUCUUGAGCAGCUGCCCCCUGACAUGUCAGCUAAUUGCUUCUUGCUAUGACAGCAUAAAUGAGCAUAUGCUACCAAACAAGGAGUCUGCACUGCACCAAAUCUGCUGUGUGCUCUUAGUGCCCAGCAGCAGCUACCCCAUCCAGGUUCUAGCGAUACAGAGACCCUUCCCCACCCCCAUGUGGCUCAUUUCACCUCCACAAAAGUGGACUUUGCUGUUGUUUUAAGAAGGAGCAUUUAAAAAUCUCUACUUU